UCUUGAGACGUGCUUGCGAAUUUAAUUUACGUAUUAAUAAUUCUCAUUAAAAUUAUAAACUAAUAAAAAAAUGGUGAAAAUCACUCUCGAAUUAAUACGAAAACGCUCAGAACACAACGAGGGCGAAAUAUCGACGUUGGAAGAGAUAGCUUUGCAUCAAGAGAAUAUCGAUAAAAUCCAGCUGAUAGAUAGACAUUGCCGAUAUCUGAAGAUCCUCUUGUUGCAAAAUAAUCUUAUAUCAAAGAUAGAGAAUCUGAGUAUGCUGAAGAGAUUGGAAUACUUGAACUUGGCUCUCAAUAACAUCGAGGUUAUUGAGAAUCUGGAGGGCUUAGAGAGCUUGAAGAAGUUAGAUCUCACCGUCAACUUCAUCGGCAAUCUACAGAAUGUAAAAAGUCUCAGAUGCAAUGAGAAUCUGGAGCAGCUGAUCUUAAUGGGAAACCCGUGCGCGGAUUACGAAUAUUAUAGACAAUAUAUUGUGGCGACUCUUCCGCAAUUGCGAGAGCUCGACAUGCAAGAGAUCGAAAGAUCAGAGCGUAUCAAAGCAUUGCAGAUUUACGCGCGAGCACGAGACGACGUUAUCGAGAGUUAUCAACGCUACGAGAAAACCAGGAUAACCGAACGGGCACGUCACAAUGCUGCAGUUAAAAUGACAGAGAUAAAGACGAAUACUGUAGAAGAAGAACAGGAAAAUGAAAAAAUAAAAAACGAAGCGGAGAACGCAAAUACAGAACAGGAUGAUGACGAAGCGGAGAACGAACGUUUCUGGAAACAACCUAGUUAUCAUACGCCAGAAGAUAGAAUUACCAUCGCCGAGCGAUCCUUGAAGAAACAAGAGAUGAAAAAUCGUUUUUCGAAUAAAAGAGAUGAUCGUCCUAAACGUGUGUUGAAAUUGUUCGCUCCAAACGGAAGACCUUACAAUAUAAAUCAAGCAAAAGUGUCGUUCAAGUUAAACGAUGAAGAUGAUCCUAAUUUUGUUAUUCUCGAAGUCUCCGUUUACAGGCACUUAGAUACUUCUUACGUCGACGUCGACGUAAACCCGACUUACGUACGAGUUACCAUAAAAGGGAAGAUUCUGCAGUUGACUCUGCCUUGCGAGGUAUCGGUCGAGAAAAGUAAUGUUCAACGAAAUACAAUCACCGGAAACUUGGUCGUCAGUAUGGCCCGCUUGGCCUCGUGUACAAUAAUCGUAAAAAAGGAUGAAUCGAUGAAAAAGAAAGAAUCCAAAUGCGAAACGAAGAUCCUUACAGUUCGGCCGCCUAUAAUAUCCCGGCGAGCCUUCUUGGAGAUCGGACCAUCCUCGGAUAUUCAUGAUUUUUUGAUGGUGACCAAAGAUCUCGCGAAACGAGCUCAAAUGGAUGAAAAGGAUCUCGCGAAGAAGGAGAAGAAUCUCGAAAAUUUCGAAGACAAUCCAGACGUACCGCCUCUCGAAUAAAUAGAGACAAAGCAAACGAUUGUGACGAAUGAAAAAUCAUCAGGAAUAUUACGACGAUCCUAAAAAUGAAUCAUCGCGUUGAGUCAGGACUUACCUUAAAUGGAUCCUGAAAGUCGAUAUCUUUGGUUUCUUUCAGUCCCAAUGGUAUCAUCGGCAUAAUAGGCUCAACGCUGAAAGAAAAAAAUAGUUCGAUACGAUGUCAUAUAUAUUUGUCACAGAUAUCAGUAAAGCUUGUAAUUCUUUCAUCAAACUUACCCAUCGACAUUUUGAUACAACUCCACCGAGCUGUUUAAUUCGGCAAGCUGUUCCUUCAAUAGCUGCAGAUUUGAAUUGACGAAGCUUAGUUCCAAGGCGACAGUCUCUUUCAAUUUCCUGUUUGUAGUUGCCCUGUAAUGAGAUUAACAAGAAAUGAAUACAAAUGUAAAUGUAAGCGCAAAUGUAAAUUAUCUAUAGAUAUAACUAUUUUAGCUGUCCAGCAAAAUUUUAUUUUACAUUUUUUUAUUUACGACUGUAAAUUGU